CAUAACUUCAUCUAUGCAUGUUACUAUGUUAGUAAUCAUAAUUAGGCACAUAUAAAUUAUGGAGAGUAGUAUUGAAAAGAAAGGUGAUUAUUAUUGUUAUUGUACCUCUCUGUUGAGUUUACCUGAAUCCAUUUUGGAUUGCAUUCUCAAGCGCCUUUCACCAAAAGAACUCAUUACAAUAUCUCAAGUGUGUACCAAUUUAAGGGUUAGAUGUAGAAGUGAUCAUUUGUGGGAAAACCAUAUAAAGAAGAAAUGGGGUAAAGUCUUUGGUGAUGUUGCUUACAAAGAGUGGCACUGGCAUGUAACAAAAUCAAAGGAGGAAAAAGGAAACACCUUCUAUCAAAUGAUUAUCAAUCACAACGGUGGUGAUGAAAAUGGGUCACUAGGGACUUUUAGUGGUUCUUGGCCUAUGCUGUGCCUUGGUUCAUAUUUAAUUGAUUCCAAGAAUAUUCUUAGUGGUCAAUUAUUAUUGUCAAAUAGCCUUAUGAUGAUGAUGGCUUUGUAUAUCUCUCUGGAAAAUGGCAAGUUUUGGUUUCCAGCACAAAUCUAUAGGGGAUUAUUAGUCAGUAAUGCCUUAGUCAGCUAUGAUUCCAAAACUAAUACCUUUCAAGCAAGGCAACAAAUGGGUGGUUGGAGGAUUAUAGGGAACAACAUUAGGUGGGAUAAGGUGAGAGCUCCACCAAAUGAAACCUCUCAAUGCAAUAUUCCUCAUCAAUUAUCAGAUUCUUUACAUCACCUAAGGCCCGGUGACCAUAUUGAGAUCCAAUGGAAAGCAAGUACUGAAGUUCCUUAUGAUUGGUGGUAUGCUGAAAUCGGUCACAUGGACUCAUGUAAGGAGAAUGAUUAUUGCUGUGGUUGUCAACACUCCGUGUUCUAUCUUAAUAAACAAAGGCAGCCUAAAUAUUUACCCACCAGCCUUAUGAAAAGAAUAUUAAUUAUUAUAGAGAUGUUGGUGGUGGAGUUCAAGCAAUACCAUGUUGAGUCAGGGAUGAGAAAAGCAAAGCUACAAAGAAAUAAGAAUGGUCAACAAUGUGAAAAUCAGUGUGGAAUUUAUGGAGGAAUCAGAAAGCUUCAGAGUGAGGAGGAGAUUCAUAAAUGGAAGCAGCUCUUCCCACCUCAUCAUAAUCAAACUCCUGUUCCUGUAUAUCUCCCUUUAAAUCUUAGAAUGCACAAUUAAUGCAUCAUCAUUUGCAUAAAAGUUUAUUUUAUUUUUUUAGAUCAGAUAUUGCUAUAACUAGUUUAAUUUUCAAACUUACUAUAAAAAACAGGAGAGAAGUGACGACCAAAUUGGGUAAUAGGGACCCAAAAAUCUGGUGAUUCAUAUUUUUUUUUUUCCAAAAUAUAGUAUGGCAGCUACCAUCAGUUCCGCGGUUCCACCUCGUAUACUCUGAGUCACACACACAUGAUUUAAAAAGAAGUUUUUUUUUCCACCGCUAUUUAAAAUGUUUGAUUCGAAAAGAUCAAAAGAUCUUCUAUAUUAAAACAGAGAAUCAGAAGUUAUAAAUAAUUAAAUAUUAUCAACUGGUUUUCUAGGAACUAUAAAGAGUGAAAUGGUGUGAU